AAGAUGGGACUCUUGGUAUUUGUGCGCAAUCUGCUGCUAGCCCUCUGCCUUUUUCUGGUACUGGGAUUUUUGUAUUACUCUGCGUGGAAGCUGCAUUUACUCCAGUGGGAGGACCCCAGUAAGUAUGGUCACCCCAGCCUGCCCCCAGGGAACCCUGCUUCAGAUUCAGUGGUUCUUUCCUUUGACUCCGCUGGACAAACACUAGGCGCAGAGUAUGAUCGGUUGGGUUUCCUCCUGAAGCUGGACUCUAAACUGCCUGCUGAGUUAGCCACCAAAUACGCAAACUUUUCAGAGGGAGCUUGCAAGCCUGGCUAUGCUUCAGCCUUGAUGACUGCCAUCUUUCCUCGGUUCUCCAAGCCAGCACCCAUGUUCCUGGAUGACUCUUUCCGCAAGUGGGCUAGGAUUCGGGAAUUUGUGCCGCCUUUUGGGAUCAAAGGUCAAGUCCUGGACGCACAAUAUCCAGCGAGAGAAAGAGUUUCUGCGGAAGCUGGUGAAAGCACGUGUCAUCACCGACCUAACCAGCGGCAUCUGAGGCGGGCCCAGCACAUGGCCACGGAGGUCCUGGCACCGCCAAGAGCAAGCAGCAGCCACCACCACCUGCCCACUUCAUUGGCCUUGGUCUGGCUCUGCCUGAAAGGCACAGGAGUCUUUAGACCCCGAGAAGGACAGUGCCAAGUGGCCCCAGGGGUGGCGAGGCCUUGGCAGGGCAGCCAGAGCUGUGUCUGCCCAGAGGCCAGCCUCAGAGACCAGCACUUGGCCUCAUUCUCAGCCUGGGUCCUUGAAGCUAGAGGGCCAGGAGGCCACCAGCCGUGCCCAGCAGGCCCAGCAUGCGGGAGGUGGACGUCAGGCAGCAGGGCUGCUGCUGGAAUCAUUUCUCCAAUCAGUGUUUGGUGUAUUAUCAUUUUGUGAAUUGGGGUUGGGGGGAGGGUAGGGAUAAUUUAUUUUUAAAUAAGGUUGGAGAUGUCAACUUUGGUCCACUUGCCAUACAGAAAGAGGCCCACUAGGGGGCCUAUCGGGUCUAGGUACCAGUGGGCUCCCUGUAGAGUAGGGGUGCCAUGACUAGCCUGGACCCUGCUCGGGACUACAGGGGAGGUGGGCAAGGUCUCAUGCCAGCCCUCUCCAGCUCAUGACACGGUUUGGCCUUUCUUGAGGAGAAGAUGGGGUAUUCCCAUUCACCAGCCCCUAACUACCCCACAGGGAAACCCUGGAGCCAUCAUUUAAGCCAACAAGACAGCCCCUGGGUUAAGCAGAAAGAACUACAGAGCCUGGGAGAUGGGGCCUGGCCCAACCUGAUGGGAAUAGCGCCCCCCCUCCCCAGCUGCAGCUGAUCCAUAGGACAGCGCCCCAGCCUGGACUGACCAACCUGGCAGCUGUUCUGGACUUCAGCAAUGAGACUGUCAGGUCCUUGGGUUCUGCCUUUAGCUUGGACCAGAGGGAAGUGAGGCUC